AUGGCGCUGCUGCACUGCAUUGCUGUCCUACAGGAGCUGGGCAUGUUGUGCCAGAGGGCGACACCAGCGCGCAUACCGACCGAACAGCCUCUAUCGGGCCAACGGAAAAGCCUUCCAAACCCAACUGUUGACAUUGAGAGAUCGACCCUCGAUGAGCCAUACUACGAGGCGACGCUAGGUGGCUCCACCGGCAGGGCCGACAGCGGCGCAGGCUCGACAGAGGGCGCUUUUGCGAGAGUGUUCUGUGCUGAUCUACCCUGCUUGACUCGCUGCAGCUAUAAGAAGCACAGGGAUCAGGUGAAGCGACUCCAGGUGGUGCCACGCUACGAACCCGUCUACAUCGACGCCCCGUUCGAAACCAAACCACAAAUACCGCCGACGUACGCCGAGCCGCAGGUGGCGCCACCGUACCCCGAGCCACCACACGUGGCGCCACCGCACGUGGCACCGCCGCACGUGGCACCACCGUACCCCGAGCACAUACACGGAUACGAAACGCAGGAGCUGGGCAUGUUUGUGCCAGAGGGCGACACCAGCGCGCAUACCGACCCGAACACCUCCUAUCGGCCAACGACGCCGCCCAACCCCAACGUGACGUACGGGCCGCCCCAGACGACGACGACGACGACGAUGGCGGGGGCGAGGGUGCAGCCACCGGACCAGCGCAAGGACAUACCUUACGUGGAAACUGCACUGGAACAGAAGGUGAGGUUAUCAUCUGAGUUCAAGUCGAUGAGAUAUCGAGAGUUUGGGUUGAUGUGCGCAGAAGCAUCAAGGACAGGGCAGGGCAUGGCCUCGGCGUGGCGUACAAGGCGGCAGGUGCGCCACUAA